AUGCGCCCAAUAAUAAUAUUGCUUUGCGUCGUCGUUUUUCAUUGCUCCGUGCAAAACGUCGGUGCCUCGGUCGCCAGGAGCAAUCGUAUCUGGCCCAUUGGAGGAACCACGAGCGUGGAUCUCCCCCAGUCCUCACCAUUUGCCCCCAGACUUCAGAUCAGCCAAGGCUCUAAGUAUGACUACCAUCGUGGAAUAGAUAUACCGGCUGAUCUCUACUCAGAGGUGUAUGCCGUGUCAGAUGGCACAGUCCGGAUCAAUGGGUCUCACCACGCAUAUUCAGACGGUGUAGUACAGCUUCAUCAUACCGAUUGGGAGGAAGGUGGAGAUUUUUACACCUCCUACAUUCAUAUUGUGAUGAGUGAUGGACAAAAUUCUAUCUCUCUUACUAACGGUCAAUCUGUCAGCAAAGGACAGCACAUUGCAUACAGCAAUGGUACACCGUCUUUAGAUCACAUUCACUUUGAAGUGAGGGUUGGAUCUUAUAAGAAGGAAUACGCCUGCAACCCAUGGAAAUACCUACCAAACAGUGACAAUGACUACUCUUCAUUUGAAGCUGAACUAAGUCUCACACCAAAUUACAACGAUAUUGAAUGUCAGGCCGUUGUUAAUGUGAGUGUGCUCCCCAAUCAGUUGACCUUUAAUCGUGUCGAACUGCACAUCCUGGACAACUUAGACACACCGCAGAAAGUCCGGUUCUACGACAUGUGUGGAACUAACGUGAACCAUACACAAGGCCAAGUUGACAACUCAACCUAUCAGGACGACCCUGAUGAUUACUCCUCCUCCUACCUUAUCCGCAUCUCUCCCAUGUUCUUUAAUAGCAAAUCAUAUGGAAAGAACGAAAGCGCCGGCUGGGGAUUUGAAUUUGUAGACCUCCCUUCACUCUCUGGAGGUGGGAGAGUCAUGGCUAAGAUAUUUGACGUGUUUGGAAACAGUAAAUCAACGGAGUAUCUCAGUUACACCUGUUCCACCACAGCUCCCACUACCAGCUCUACCACAGCCACCAGCUCUACCACACCCACCGAGGAAUCAAGCUGUAGCGGCUGCACCAGGAAUGAUCGUAUUUGGCCCAUUUCAGGAACUACAACUGUGGAUCCCCAAGCCAUACCUUAUGGUUCCAGAAGACAGUAUAGUGGGAGCUACAAAUUCCAUCGUGGCGUGGACAUACGCUGCUCUACCUACACCAAUGUGUAUGCUGUGGCAGAUGGGACACUGAAACAUGAGAACUGGGAAGAAAAUCCAAAUGGAAACGUGUAUACGAACUACAUGUAUAUCGUGUUGAGCAAGAGCGGGGGAGAGGACCCAAUCACCCUAACAAUAGGGCAAGCUGUAAAGAAAGGAGACCUCAUUGCCUACAGUUAUGGAACGUCUUUUCCACACAUUCAUUUUGAGGUGAGAGAUGGAGGCACGAUUUCCAAGUACAGUAGCAACCCCUGGAAGUACAUGCCCAACAGUGCCAAUGACUACACCUCAUUCGAUACGGCUAGUGUAAGUCUCACGACAAAUUACAAUGAUGUUGAAUGUCAGGCCGUCGUUAAUGUGAGUGUGCCCCCCAAUCUACUGACCUUUAAUCGCGUGGAACUGCACAUCCUGGACAGCUCAGACACUCCGCAGAAAGUCCGUUUUUACGACAUGUGUGGAAUUAACACAAAUCGAACCACGAGCCAAAUCAAUGACCAAAACUACCGGGAAGAUCCAAAUGAUGCCUCCUCCUACCUCAUCCGCAUCUCUCCCAAGCCUUUCUUCUAUAACCCAGACACAAAUAUACCUGCUUCUGCUGAGUAUGGAUUUGAUUUUGUAGACCUCCCUUCACUGGCUGGAGGUGGGAGAGUCAUGGCCAAGAUAUUUGAUGUGUUUGGAAACAGUAUACCAACAGAUUACUUUGAUUACACCUGUUCUGAAGGAACCACCACUGCUCCAACUACCACAACUACCAGCUCCACCACAGCCACCAGCUCUACCACACCCACCGAGGAAUCAAGCUGUAGCGGCUGCACCAGGAACGAUCGUAUUUGGCCCAUUUCAGGAACUACAACUGUUGAUCUCCCCCAAUCCGUACCCUAUGGUUCCAGACGAUACUAUUCAAGUGGAAGCUACAAUUUCCAUCGUGGCGUUGACAUACGCUGCUCUACCUACACCAAUGUCUAUGCUGUGGCAGAUGGGACAGUUCGAAUCAACGGCUCUCACUCAGGAUAUUCAUCAAGCAUAGUGCAGCUGAAACAUACUGGGUGGGAAGAAAAUCCAGGUGGAUACGUUUAUACCAACUACCAGCAGAUCAGCUUGGUCAAGAGCGGGGGAGAAGACCCAAUCACCCUACCAUUAGGACAUAACGUGAAAAAGGGAGACCUCAUUGCCUACGGUUAUAGAGAGAGCAAUUUUGUAAAUAUUCAUUUUGAGGUGAGAGAUGGAGGCACGAUUUCAAAGUACAGUAGCAACCCCUGGAAGUACAUGCCCAACAGUGCCAAUGACUACACCUCAUUCGAUACGGCUAGUGUAAGUCUCACGACAAAUUACAAUGAUGAUGAAUGUCAGGCCGUCGUUAAUGUGAGUGUGCCCCCCAAUCUACUGACCUUUAAUCGCGUGGAACUGCACAUCCUGGACAGCUCAGACACACCGCAGAAAGUCCGGUUUUACGACAUGCAUGGAACUAACACAAACCAAACCACGAGCCAAAUCAAUGACCAAAACUACCGGGAAGAUCCAAAUGAUGCCGCCUCCUACCUCAUCCGCAUCUCUCCCAAGACCUUCACCAGCACUUACUUAGAAAACAACAAACCUGCCGAGUAUGGAUUUGAAUUUGUAGACCUCCCUUUACUGUCUGGAGGUGGGAGAGUCAUGGCCAAGAUAUUUGAUGUGUUUGGAACGAGUCGUUUGACUGACUAUGAAAGCUACACCUGUAACUAACUGAGCUCCGAUAGCUAGUUGCUCGAAAACAUUGGUGUUUGUGUUUGUAGUAAGUUUUUGUAUAUUUUUCGUUGUAUUUAGAAAUUCGGACGGCCGCGCCGCAACGCGACGGCGCAGCAGAAAAUGCGCAUGCGCUAAUUAUUAGGCUUGCUUUAUAACCGACCGGCGCGCG